AUGUCAACAGGAGGCGACACAGGGGGACACUUCCGUUUUAGAGACGAGAUGAAAGGAAGCAAACUUCGCGUGUUGAACAUUAAUGACAGAAAAAAAUUAAAACUGCGUCACACCAUGCAUAAUUGUACCCAGGAUAGACGCACCAGGUAUUUCAAAUGUGGUGGCCGCGAAUAUGCAUCAACUGAAAGCAACCCUUUUGAGCUGAUAGCCAAAAAUAAAAGGUACUAUAUUAAGGUAAUUAACACGACAAGCAAAGAUUCCUUGAAAGGGAGAAUAAUCAAGCUCAAGAUAAUUUGUAAUGACACUCGGAGAGGUUCGACUAGAAGCGGGGUGUUGCUGUUCAAAUUUGAAGGAUCCAUUAAUUGUUCCAUAACAAUUCCUUUUCGCCCAAACGCAGAUGGAAAACGAAUCUCCUUGGCCCUCAUCGGUGGUGUUACCGCUGUCAUUUUCAUACUUCUUAUCAUUACAGCCCUCUUGAUUUAUCGACGCCAAUAUUUAAAGAGAGACCCUCAUCCUGGGAGAGAGAGUGAAGACAGACAGAAAACAGCAACGCUAAGUGCGAGCGCGGAAAAUGGAUCGGAUAAUACAAAUGGUUAUAACGAGUUAGCUUACAGAAAAGUAGUCGUUUAUUCAUCAAGCAAUCAGGUUCCUGUUCGCGAUAACGAGGCACAUUCAAGAUAUGAAAGAGGAAGUUAUGACGGUAGUUCUGAAAAAGAACAUGCGUACGCUUCCUUGGACAUUCCUGAGGGAUUAAAUGUAUAUGGCCACAGAGACGACCGGGAUACAGUUGCUAGCGAUAAGAGGCCCCCUAAAAAUGGCCCCGUGAGUAUAGACCAACCCGUUUUUGGUCUCAUAGAAGAAAUCAAUGGUGCUCAACCGGUGUUUAACGGUUUUGAAGGACCACACCGUGACGUUUCUCACAAACCUGGCCAAAACGGCACUAUCUCUUCAGAAGGACCGUUCCACGGCACUUUGGAAGAGACUGCUCACUGCCUUGGAGGAAAUACCCUGCCUAUGCGAAAAACUCUUGAGUCACCCUACCUUAAAGAUGUGGAAGAAUCAAGCCAAUAUGGUUCCACGAGUCCGAAAGAGCCCGUUUAUAACACAUUGGAGGCACCUGUGGAUGAUGAUGACAGUGACCCAGCAUACAACAUUUUAGAGGCUCCUGAAGGUGUAGAAGACCCGUGUGAUCCUAGUGCUGUGUCAGUGGAAGAACCAAUGAGUCAUACUUUGGAACAAUUCAAUCCAAAUAUCUCAGAAAAAGGGAAUGAUUUGAAAUGUACGACUGAGCCAAUUUACGAUACUGUUGAUGAGUAUCCAUCUCAUUGAAGUUCCAUUUGAAGGGAAAGGUAGAUUGUUGCAGUCGCACUGUAGAAACUUCUUUGACAGAGGAUAUCUGUGAGUCCAACGUGGCUUCCAGUUGUACUUUUGUUUCUUACUCAAGCAAACGCUCGAGUCUGAGAGUGGAAAUAAAAAGUCCAGCUACGUGCAUGUAAAGGCUAAGAAAUUAGGAAGUCAAAAAGGACAGAGUACUUCCUCAAUUCCACCCAACAUUGAUAACAGUCUGGUUUAAAAUACGCAGUGUCAGAUUUGAUAUGAUCAUCAAAUAUGGUCUCAAAUGUUAUUAGUUAAAAAUUAACAAGACCUGACAAGGGGAUUAGAAAGAUUAGGCAGCUCGUCAGAAACGUUCCCCGUGGUGAGACGCAGGGCUGAGGUGAAAAUUAGUUUGUAAGAGAUAACAAUAAGCUGAACAGAAUUAUCGAAAAAUACUAUUACUGACUGGGUCUUUGAGUACUCGUGCUUGUUUUAGCCUCAUCACUCACAUUUUCUCUAAUUUUAUAAAAGGAAACAUUUUCAUUGCUACAGACAUAGCAAAAUCGUCCGUUCUUAACUCCUUGUUCCUUGUAUUCAAAUUCCAACUUAUUCAAGAUUCGAAAACUAACUCCCCACACGUUGUUUUGAAUUAUGAUGAAUUAUAGUGAGUUGCAGUAAUGAUUCGAAAAUAAAAGUAC